GGAUCAUUGGCGUCCUUCCCACCUGUUAUGCCUCCUCACUGUAAGUUCAGGAGCAACUUCAUGCACAUUUCUCUUGUUUUUACACUACUAAGACAUUGAUCAGUUGUCCCUUCUUAUUAAAGAGUCAUUCAGUAAAUUGCUCUUAUGCUAAGAGAAUAUUCUGAAAAACUUUGGAAUAUUGGAAUUAGUGUAUGGGUCUUUGGAAUUUUUUGUUUAAAGUUGAAAUAAAAGCAAGUGUAGUUUCACAUUUCACAGCUACGCAUUCCACAUCCAUGGUGAUACAAUGAGAAGGAUUUUGUUGUUGAUUCAAAAGAUAAAACUUUUGACUAGAAGAAAAGGCAAUCAAGCUACCUGCAUGAUGCAGAUCAGUAUAAUCUUGAAAAAAGUGUACUUUAGGGUCCAGAAUAUGAUCCAUAUUAUUGUCAGCCCUAGCUAGGAAGUUAAGACUAGUCCUUUCCAAGAGCUAUAAAAGAGUCUAUCUUUGAGUCUUCUUGCGAAGCUAAGCCAGGUCUCAUAUUUCUCUUAGGAAGAUUACUAUUUCCUUUCAAUAAAUUUUGGUUGAAUUGCACAUUUGUGACUACUUGUAAGUUUCUCUGCAUAUUAUACAUUGAGAUGAAUUUAGAUUUAUUUUCACAAGAUUGGGAAAUAGAUUCUUUUCACAGAAGGUCAAUGCAAUCUUAUAAUGACCAGGUAUUUGUUCACCUGUUUGAAAACCCUUAUGGGGAUUAACAUGUGAACUAUGAAAAUACAAGUUGACUGCUUAACCUCUUGACUGACGUGUGGGGUGGUUGGUGUGAAACUUGUUUGAAUUGUGAUGCUUCUUGCUAGUUUGCAUCAAUGCCUCUGUUACUGCAACAGCUGACCUUUAAGCUGCGCAGAUGGGAGACAUGGUGGAAGCCAUGGUCACAGUGGCUCUCAUCGGCAUGGUAGAGAAAACAGAUUUUCAUCGGAAGCGAUAUCGAGAAGAUGACCGCCAUGGGUCCGAUAUCUCAAAGAGAAGUUCUGACCAGGAAUCUCGGAGAAAUGCAGAUCAUGACUCGAGACCGGAGAAGAAUCCACGUUUCCGUGAAAGUGGCGAUUCCGAGGAUGAGGAGGAAGAUGAUCAGAAGCGACGUCCUUAG